UUUCUAUUGCUGUAUUUGUAUCUUUUAGAAGUUAUUUUGAUUUUAGCUUCUGCUCUAUAUUCAAUGAACAAACUUGGUUUGUGUUUAAUGGCUUUAAUGCUGUGAUAAUCUUUACCAAAAUGAGAGACGUAGCUGAAGUUUUUCAAAAUGGAAUAUUUUGCAUAUUUGAGUGUCAAAGUCUUUCCCUUUCUUGGGUCCCAAUAGAUAAAGAAGAAUACUAUGAUUUUUAAAGUUUGGUUUUUUCUUUUUGUUUCUCCUUACCUCUUCCUGCUCUGUGAAAAAAAAAAAAAAAAAAGAACUAAAUAUUGGGUUUUGGGAACUAUCUCAAGUUGACAAAAUGGAUUUAUAUACUGAAAAAAAAGUUUUCAUGAGAAGAAGUGUUGUAUUUGUUGAAAAUGAUAGUAUACUUGUGUAGCUUAGAUACCGAAGAAUUAUUUUGCAUCAGAAUGUGGUGAAGUUUGAAUAUCUAGAGAAAAGAUGGAAGAAAUACAGUCGCAUUCUGAUAAUUACCGGUCAUCAUCAUCUUCAGCAAGUAGUCCAGCUAGUAGGGUACCCUCGAGUAAUUUUUUCUACUUGCGCAAACCUGGUUCACUCAGACAACCCAUCUCGUUUGAGGAUUCACCAGAAUGGGAGGAUACUGAUGUCGAAGUUAGGGUCGAUGAGGGAGGUGAUUCGAUCAACAUUGCCACUACACCAGCCUCCCCUUCACUCUCAAAGCUCAAUAGUGGGUCCUUGCCAUCCCCACCAUUGCCAGAGGGUGCAGUUGUGGCAAGAAAGAUUGCUGGGGCUUCAGUUGUGUGGAAAGAUUUGACAGUCACGAUAAAGGGGAAAAGAAAGUACUCUGACAAGGUUGUGAAGAGUUCAAAUGGUUAUGCAUUGCCAGGAACUAUGACAGUAAUCAUGGGUCCUGCCAAAUCGGGAAAGUCCACUCUAUUAAGGGCUAUUGCAGGAAGAUUACAUCAUUCAGCCAAAAUGUACGGUGAAGUGUUUGUGAAUGGAGCGAAAUCACACAUGCCUUAUGGGUCAUAUGGUUUUGUUGAGAGGGAAACCACUCUAAUUGGAUCCCUUACAGUCCGGGAGUAUCUGUACUACUCAGCAUUGCUUCAGCUUCCUGGUUUUUUCUGUCAGAAAAAGAGUGUGGUCGAGGAUGCCAUCAUUGCUAUGUCACUAAGUGAUUAUGCAAACAAGCUGAUAGGUGGCCACUGCUAUAUGAAGGGUCUGCCUAGGGGUGAAAGGAGGCGUAUUAGUAUUGCCAGGGAACUUGUAAUGAGGCCUCAUAUCUUAUUUAUAGAUGAGCCUCUCUAUCAUCUUGAUAGUGUUUCUGCUCUCCUGAUGAUGGUUACAUUGAAGAAACUUGCAAGCAUGGGAUGUACUCUUAUAUUUACCAUUUGCCAGAGCAGCACUGAAGUAUUUGGCCUUUUUGAUCGGAUUUGUCUGCUUUCAAAUGGAAAUACUCUGUUUUUUGGAGAAACAUUGGCCUGCUUGCAGCACUUCUCAAAUGCUGGAUUCCCUUGUCCAAUUAUGCAAAGUCCUUCUGAUCACUUUCUACGUGCUAUAAAUACGGAUUUCGACAGGAUCAUUGCAAUGUGCAAAAAUUGGCAGGAUGACAAUGGAGAUUUUUCAUCGGUGAAUAUGGAUACUGCUGUGGCGAUACGCACCCUUGAAGCAACCUAUAAAUCAUCAGCUGAUGCAGCUGCAGUUGAAACUAUGAUUCUUAGACUCACAGAUAAGGAAGGUCCACUUCUCAAAACCAAGGGAAAGGCUAGCACUGCGACAAGGGUAGCAGUUUUAACUUGGAGAUCAUUAUUAAUCAUGUCAAGGGACUGGAAAUACUAUUGGCUUCGUCUCAUUCUUAAUAUGGUUCUUACGCUUUGUAUUGGUACAGUUUUUUCAAGCUUGGGGCAUUCUCUGUCUUCAGUUGUGACACGAGUUGCGGCAAUAUUUGUUUUUGUAUCAUUUACAGCACUUCUGAGCAUUGCUGGAGUGCCUACACUAUUGAAAGAAAUCAAGAUAUAUGCAAGUGAAGAAUCAAAUCAGCAUUCUGGAGUGUUAGUCUUUCUAAUGGGGCAACUUCUAUCAAGCAUCCCAUUCCUCUUUCUGAUCUCCAUUUCAUCAAGUCUUGUAUUUUAUUUCCUCAUAGGAUUGAGAGAUGAAUUCAGCUUGUUGAUGUACUUUGUGCUGAAUUUCUUCAUGUGCCUCUUAGUAAAUGAAGGACUAAUGCUGGUUGUUGUUUCUUUAUGGCGAGAUGUUUUCUGGAGCAUCCUGACUGUAGCAUCGAUACAAGUUGUAAUGAUGCUUUCUGCGGGCUAUUUCAGAGUUCGAAGUGCUUUGCCACGACCAGUGUGGAUGUAUCCAAUAUCCUACAUUGCAUUCCAUACAUACUCUAUCCAGGGUCUCCUGGAGAAUGAGUACCUGGGGACUUCCUUUGCGGUUGGACAAGUAAGGACCAUAUCCGGGUUUCAGGCCCUUGGGAGUGCAUAUGAGAUCUCCACAGACAGCAGUUCCAAGUGGGAAAAUUUACUGGUCUUGUUUCUUAUGGCUGUUGGUUACCGUAUUCUCGUAUUUGUUUUGGUAUAUUUUUUGGUAAGGAAAAAUAAAUCCAUACUUAGUAUUUUCCGGUGUAAUCAGGAUUCAAGAAGUGCAAGAUGAAUGAAUGUACUGUCAGCUUAUUAUGUGGCUGCUCACCAAUUUGUAUAAUCUCCUUGUGUUCAUUCCAUAAGCAAAUUUUGUUUAGAAAACAUGCUGUGGGUUAUUUAGAAAAGUGCAUAAUAUAAGAAGCUUUUUCUUCCCAA